AUGGGACCCUUCCAGCCGAAUUUUGGGGGUCCCAGGGGAGCCCCAACCCCCACACCCGGGGCCGUCCCAGGGUUGGGGCUCAGAAUCCCUGGUCCGGCGGGACGGUGCCGGGACGCGGCAGGAGCUGCAGAUAAUGCCAUGGAGGGGGGGGCUCAGCAGAGCAGCCUCUGGGAGCCCCCCGAGCAGGAGGGGUGUCCUGGUGAGCGGGAUGGGGGCGAGGGGCCGCCCGAGCUCAGGCGCUCCCAGCCCCUCUUCAUCCACGGCAGCAGCCGGCAGCCGCCGCAGGAGGAGCCACGAGCGUCGUCGCUGCCCAGCAUCCCCAACCCCUUCCCCGAGCUCUGCAGCCCCUCCAACUCCCCCAUCCUGAGCAGCCCUGCCCUGGGACAGGGACCCCCCCGCGAGGGCACCUCCCACGUGGUGAAGGUGUUCGGCGAGGACGGCGCCUGCCGCUCGCUGGAGGCCUCUGCGGCCACCACGGCGCGGCAGCUCUGCGAGACCCUGGUGCGCAGGACGCGGGCGCUGCACGACCACAGCUGGGCCCUGGUGGAGCUGCACCAGCACCUGGCCCUGGAGCGCUGCCUGGAGGACCACGAGUCGGUGGUGGAGGUGCAGGGCUCCUGGGCCCCAGGUGCCGACAGCCGCUUCGUGUUCCGCAAGAACUUCGCCAAGUACGAGCUCUUCAAGAGCAACGCGCAGUUGCUGUUCCCCGAGGUGAUGGUGUCCAGCUGCCUGGAGGCCAACAAGAGCAUGGCGCACUCCGAGCUCAUCCAGAAUUUCCUCAACUCUGGGAGCUGCCCUGAGGUCCAGGGCUUCCUGCACCUGCGGGAGGCCGGGCGCAAGGUCUGGAAGCGUUUCCACUUCUCCCUGCGCCGCUCGGGGCUCUACUACUCCACCAAGGGCACCUCCAAGGACCCCCGGCACCUGCAGUACUUCGCCGACCUCACCGAGUCCAACAUCUACUACGUGACGCAGGGCAAGAAGCUCUACGGGACGCCCACUGAGUUCGGCUUCUGCAUCAAGCCCCACAAGGUGCGGAGCGGCGCGAAGGGCCUGAAGCUGCUCUGCAGCGAGGAUGAGCAGAGCCGCAGCUGCUGGAUGGCCGCGUUCCGGCUCUUCAAGUACGGGAUGCAGCUCUACCGCAACUACCAGCAAGCCCAGGCACGACUGAGCCAGCCCCCCUGGAUCGGCCCCACGCCCCUGCGAAGCGUCUCGGACAAUGCACUGGUGGCCAUGGACUUCUCAGGGUGCACGGGCCGGGUGAUUGAGAACCCCAGUGAGGUGCUGACCGUAGCUCUGGAGGAGGCCCAGGCCUGGAGGAAGAAGACGACGCACCGGUACAGCCUGCCCGCAGCCUGCCACAGCUCCCCGCUCAGCGCCGCCAUCCACCGCACCCAGCCCUGGUUCCACGGGCGCAUCUCCCGGGAGGACACCCAGCAGCUCAUCGGCCGUCAGGGCUUGGUGGAUGGGGUCUUCCUGGUGCGGGAGAGCCAGCGGAACCCCAAGGGCUUCGUGCUGUCCCUGUGCCACCUGCAGCGCAUCAAACACUACCUCAUCCUGCCGAGCGAGGAGGAGGGUCGGCUCUACUUCACCAUGGACGACGGGCAGACGCGCUUCGCCGACCUCAUCCAGCUGGUGGAGUUCCACCAGAUCAACCGCGGCAUCCUGCCCUGCAAGCUGCGGCACUACUGCACCUGCGUGGCCCUCUGA